AUGUGGUCAGUUGAGCUUAGUGAAUAUGACAUCGAAUUCCCAACUCAAACUUGCGCUAAGGAUGCGCAAGUGCUGGCAGAUUUCCAUAUAGAACUCCCACUCGCCAGUUCGGUUGAAGAUAAUAUCAAGGUCCCAUGGACGUUGCACAUGGAUGGCGCUUCUUCUAGGACAGGUGCAGGGAUUGGGGUUCGCCUCACCUCCCCUACAGGUGAAGUGAUCGAGCAGUCGUUUCGUUUGGCAUUCAGUGCAUCAAACAACGAAGCUGAAUAUAAGUCUUUUCUCGUUGACCUACCUCUCGCAGUAGGAAUUGGUGUACGAAAGCUCCAGGCUUUUUGUGAUUCACAGUUGGUCACCAACCAGUUUCUGGGAGAGUACGAGACAAAGGAUGGGCGCAUGGAAGCUUACUUAGCGGCAGCUCGGGAGUUAGCGACUAAGUUUGACGAUUUCGAAAUCAAUAAGAUCCCACGAAGUGAAAACUCUGCUGCAGAUGCUUUAGCAGCGCUAGCAUCGACUUCGGACCCUGCAACUACAAAAAUUAUCCCAGUAGAGGUCAUCGAAUUUCCAAGCAUACGUUUAGAGAGAGACUGGCGGAACCCAAUCUGGGCCUACCAGGAAAACGAGGAACUCCCAGCUGUCAAGUGGGCAGCUAGGAAACUCAAAAUCGUCAGUGCACGGUAUAGCAUCUAUAGCAGAGUACUCCUACGCCGAAGUGUAGCUGGUCCCUAUCUAACGUGUGUCGCUGGCGAGGAGCCCGCGGCAUUAAUGCAAGCUGUUCAUGAUGGUCCCUAUGGAAAUCACUCCGGAGGGCGAACUCUGGCCUUCAAAAUCAAGAGACAAGGGUAUUUCUGGCCUACUAUGGUCGCCGACUGCAAGGAAUAUUCCCAAACAUGCGAGAAGUGUCAAAAGCAUGCUCCAUCAAUCCAUCAGCCUACCGAACUCCUGUCUUCUGUUUCUGCACCUUAUCCAUUCAUGAGGUGGUCUAUGGAUAUCAUUGGCCCUUUACAUCGGGGACUGGGAGGAGUUCAGUACGUACUAGUCCUUACUGAUUAUUUCUCCAAAUGGGUGGAAGCAGUGGCCUAUGCGAAAGUGAGAAGUGAGGAAGUACAGCAGUUCGUGUUGAAGAGCAUAAUCUACCGGUACGGCGUUCCCCAUGAAAUCGUCACAGACCAUGGCCCGCAGUUCAUCUCCUCGCAGUUUGAAGGCUUAUGUGCGAAAUGGAAAAUACGACUCAGCAAGUCAACUCCUCGUUACCCACAAGGUAAUGGGCAAGCCGAAGCAAUGAACAAAGUCAUAUUAGCUAACUUAAAGAAAUGGCUCAACUCUCGCAAAGGGCACUGGCCGGACGAACUGCAAAGCGUACUUUGGGCAAUCCGAACAACACCCCGCCGGGACACUAACGAAACACUUUUUUUCUUGGUAUACAGAGUCGAUGCUGUAGUCCCAGCUGACAUAGAAGUACCCGGAGUCCGUUCCACGCUAAAUCCACUUCAGGCCGUGGAGAUGAGGAAUUUCUACAAGAUACCCUCGAUAUCAUAA